CUUUGUGACUUCAGCAACCAUUACAUCAGUCUCUGUCCUCGCCUCAUACCUAUUUGCAUGUCUAGCAACCAAAAGCCAAAGACCACCCUACUUCACAAGCUUAGAAGCAAAGGGCCAAGAUAAAUACAUAUGGGCAUAUAAAGGUUUUCCUAACUGCCAUGUUAAUGCUGCUUGCGUUUGGAGUGUUACUUCAAGAAGUCUUGGCUAGAACUAAAGAUGAAAAUCUCAUUAAUGGCAGCAGUACCCCACAAGUGCAAUCACAUAGCUAUGAAAACAUCAACUUGCCAGAAGAGCAUAUCACAUACUUUUUACGUAAUAACCAGCACGUUGCCACAGCCUGCAAGCAAGAUCCGCAUUGCCCAUAUAAAAAACACUUGAAGAAAUUAAAAGGCUGUUGGGGCUAUGAGAAAUCAUGCAAGCCAGAAAACAGGUUCGGAUAUCCAACGUGUGAUUAUGCUGAAGUAGGGUGGGCUACAACCAUUGAGGAAGCUCAGCAUGUGUUCUGGAAGCAAGCUGACUUUGGCUAUGUCAAAGAGAGGAUAAAUGAGGUGAAGAUUCACUGCAAACCUAAGGCAAUGGGAGAUUCUUCGCUUGAAUGCUCUCGUUAUCUUCAGUAUUGCAGAGCAACAAAUUUGUACGUUGAUUUAAGAACUCCAGAGAGGAACCAUGAUAGAUUUAAUGAAGACUUCUUCAAGAGGGGCCAAAUUGGAGGUCACUGCACACUGGACGUUCAAAACUUCCUUGCUGAAGGGCAGCGGAAGAGCCCUCUACAGUCUUGGUUUGCUGAGCUCCAGACUUAUACAGAACUGAACUCCAGCUCUAUGGAAGAUGGCAGUUGUGAUGUCAUUAUUGACAAGUCAACGUAUUUCAUGAAGUUUGAUGCAGGUGUUAAUAUGUACCACCAUUUCUGUGACUUUGUCAAUCUUUACAUCACUCAGCAUGUUACAAACUUAUUCAGCACAGAUGUCAACAUUGUCAUGUGGGAUACUAGUGCCUAUGGAUAUGGAGACCUGUUCAGUGAAACCUGGAAGGCAUUUACGGACAACGAAAUAAUACAUUUGAAAGCAUAUGAUUCAAAGAGAGUCUGCUUCAAAGAAGCAAUUUUUACAUUAUUGCCUCGAAUGAGGUAUGGCUUAUUUUAUAAUACACCAUUGAUCUCUGGCUGUCAGGGUACAGGAUUAUUUAGAGCCUUUUCCCAGCAUGUGUUACACAGAUUAAACGUCACACAAGAAGGACCCAAGGGUGGGAAAAUCAGAGUUACAAUACUUGCCCGAAGUACAGAAUACAGGAAGAUAUUAAAUCAAAAUGAGCUUGCAAAUGCUUUGAAAACACUGUCAAUAUUUGAGGUCCGAAUAGUGAAUUACAAGUACAAAGAGCUUGAAUUUACGGAACAGUUGAAGAUCACACACAACUCCGAUAUAUUUAUUGGAAUGCAUGGAGCAGGACUUACCCAUCUUCUCUUUCUGCCAGACUGGGCUGUCAUCUUUGAACUGUACAACUGCGAAGAUGAACGCUGCUAUUUGGAUCUAGCAAGGCUGAGAGGGGUCCAUUACAUCACCUGGCAAAAGAAGGAUAAAGUGUUUCCUCAGGAUGAGGGGCAUCAUCCAACACUGGGAAAACAUCCGAAGUUUACAAAUUACUCCUUCAGUGUGGAAGAAUUUGUCCGCCUGGUUCUUUUGGCAGCUGAUCAUGUAUCUCAACAUUCCAAGUGGCCAUUUAGGAGAAAACACGACGAAUUCUAGGUCAAAUAUCAAGCCUUACAUAAUAUUUUAUACACUGAAGUGUUUUAAAAUGUCACCUGUUUUGACAUACAAUCAUAAAUAGCUAAUGUUUUUUUUUUUCUUGGAGAGAAAAGGGUUAAAGGUUAAGGAAUAGGAGUUGUAUGUUAUAUCUCCCUCCAAACAUGUCAUUUCUGUAUUUUUAUUUUCUUACUAUCCACUCUCUUCCUAAUUUUACUUGAGGAAUUUGCAUUAUGCAAGAUCUAUUUAUUAAGAUGAUGGUUUGCACUGCUUUCCUCCUAUUUAUUUUAGGCUUGGUCGCUCUCGUUGAUAGAAAGGGUCAGAAUUGUUUUAAU